AAAAAAAUGGGGUGUUCAUCAUCAAUUUGGUUUUGUUGUGUCCUUUAUUUUCUUUUCCACUCAUCAAUAUCUAUGUCUUUUCCUUCUCCUCAUCCUGAUUCUUCAUUAUGUCAUCCUGAUGAGAGCUCUGCUUUGCUCCAUUUCAAAAACUCAUUUUCCUUUGGUACUAUCCCUGGAAACUUAUAUUGUGAUAACGAAGUCCAAGAACGUAUCAGAAAGACUUGGCAGAAUGGUACGGAUUGUUGCUCAUGGAGUGGAGUCAAAUGCGAUAAAGUGACUCAUAAGGUGAUCAGUCUUGACCUCCACUGUAGUAGGCUUCAAGGUAUUAUUUACUCCAAUAGCAGUCUUUUCUUCCUUACUCAUCUGCGCAGUCUAGACCUUUCUUACAAUCAUCUCAAUGGCUCCCAGCUUUUAGCUCAGUUUGGUAGGUUCACAAGUUUGGAACAUCUAAAUCUAUCUAACUCCUUGUUUGAAGGCCAACUCCCUCAAGAAUUCUCUUACUUAUCAAAAUUGCUUACACUUGAUCUCUCUUUCAAUCGCUUGAUGAUAGAAACGUCUAGCCUGCAAAGAAUCGUUAUGAACCUAACCAAUCUCAAGGAACUAAUUUUGCAUGAAACUGAUAUGUAUUAUGCAAAACCUUAUUCCUUGAUGAAUUUGUCAUCCUCUUUGACAUCUCUUGAACUUAGCUCUUCAGGCCUGCAAGGAGAAUUCCCAGAAAACAUUUUUCGCCUACCAAAUCUCCUAGUUCUUGACUUGAGUGGCAACAAAAAUCUCACAGGGUCAUUUCCAAUGUCUAAUUGGAGUAUUCCACUAAGAUAUUUGGGACUUUCUUAUACCAGUUUCUUAAUAGAUAUAUCUCAUCUAAGUCGAAAUUUGAAGUCUUUGAAUGAAUUGGAUCUCAGUAACUGCAAAUUCAUUGGAUCAUAUCCUAGUUUGGUUUUUAACCUUUCGAAAACCAUCACUUCCUUGGACCUCUCCUAUAACAAUUUCAGUGGUGAAAUCCCAUGGCUCUCCUUUGAUUUAGAGAGUCUUGCUUAUUUAGAACUUGCAGGCAAUAAUUUAAUAGGCCAGCUUCCAGAAACUUAUAUUAACCACUCAAGCGGAAUGUCAUUUUUAUAUGAUGCUUCACAUCAUCAAAUUCUUGGUCAUGUUCCCUCGAAUUUAGCAUAUCUCAACUUAUUUGAUAACUUGUUGAAUGGGACAAUUCCUUCAUGGCUAUUUUCCUUACCAUCUUUGCAUUACUUGAGGCUGGAAAAUAAUCAGUUCACAGGGUCCAUUAAAGAAUUCCAAUAUAAUUCUUUGGUUCAUCUUAAUUUACGCAACAAUAAACUCCAUGGCCCUAUUCCAGCAUCGAUCUUUCAGCAAGUGAAUCUUGAAUAUCUGCAACUUUCAAGUAAUAAGUUGAGUGGUGUGAUUGGAUUGGACCAGUUUUCGAAGUUGAAGAAUGUUUAUCAUCUUGGUCUUUCCUGUAAUGAUCUAUCACUGAAUUCUAACAACUUCAUCAAUUAUACUUUGCCCUAUGACCUUGAUGUUUUGGAGUUGUCUUCAUGCAACAUAAGCGAGUUUCCAUACGCUUUAAGAGUGUCAGAAAGUUUAUCCUACUUAGACGUGUCCUGCAACAGAAUUCAAGGCAAUAUUCCCAAAUGGCUAUGGAAUGUGGGCAAAGAGAACUUAUUUUAUUUGAAUCUUUCUCACAACCUUUUGACAGAUGUAGGAAAACUUCCAUGGAAGGGCCUAGAAAUUCUUGAUCUUCGCUCCAAUUUGAUUCAAAGUCGUCUUCCAAUUCCACCACCUUCAACCGACAUCUUUUUCAUCUCAAACAAUCAACUGACAGGGGAGAUACCUUCUUCAAUUUGCAGCCUAACUUCUCUUCGAGUCCUCGAUUUGUCCUACAAUAAUUUGAAUGGAAGCAUUCCUUUGUGUAUUGGAAAUUUCAGUGACCUCUCAGUGAUGGAUCUACGGAUGAAUAUGUUUCAUGGCAUGAUCCCAACAACAUUUGCAAAAGGCAAUAAUACCUUGAGGACCAUUAACCUAAAUGGAAACCGAUUGGAAGGACCAGUGCCACGAAGCUUGCUCAAUUGUAGUAACUUGGAAAUUCUAGACUUGGGCAACAACAUGAUAAAUGACACUUUCCCACAGUGGUUGGAAUCUCUUCCAAUGCUACAGGUUCUUGUAUUGAGGUGUAACAAGUUUCACGGUACCAUUGAUACCCUUAGUGUUAUAAGAUUUCCAUUUCCAAAGUUGAGAAUCAUGGACCUGUCCAACAAUCAGUUCAAUGGUGUUUUUCCAAGACAAUAUUUUGAGACUUUCUCAGCUAUGUUGGAUGGACAUGCGGAUAAACUUAGAUACAUGGGGCAACACUUGUAUAUGGAUGCCUAUUAUCAAGAUUCUGUUUUAGUGACAAUGAAAGGCUUGGAUAUGGAAUUGGAAAACAUCCAAAACAUCUUCACAACCAUUGAUUUUUCAAGAAAUAAUUUUGAAGGGAGGAUUCCGAAAUCAAUAGGAAAUCUCAAAGGUCUCAAAGGGCUGAAUUUCUCUCACAACAAAAUAAGUGGUCACAUUCCACGGUCAUUGAGAAAUUUGACAAAUCUGGAAUGGCUAGAUCUCUCCUGCAAUAAGCUUUCUGGUAAGAUUCCGGGGCAACUAACAGAAAUGACGUCGCUAGAAGUCUUGAAUCUUUCACAAAACCAACUUGCGGGAGCCAUACCUCGAGGCAAUCAAUUUGGCACUUUCGACAAUGCUUCCUAUAUUGGAAAUCCAGGAUUAUGUGGAUUUCCAUUGUCUAAAACAUGUGAAAAUGACAGAGCACAACAACCACCUCCAUCAAAAGGUGAUCAUUUGGAGGCUGCAAAUGGAUUUGAUUGGAAGUUUGCAAUAUUGUUGGGAUAUGGAUGUGGAUUAGUGAUUGGAAUAUCAGUGGGGUAUAUGUUGUUUUCGGACAAAAGACUAGCUUGUUUCAUUAGAAAAGUUGGAGGAGAGCGAUGGAUUGAAUUGCUAAAAGCACGAAAGAAGAAGAAGAAGAAGGCUCACUUCAACACCAGAAGAAGAAAUCGCUAGCCUUCUGGCAAAUUAAUCUGCACAAGGACUGUUGAAAGAAUAAGAUUGUGCGGCUAGACUUCAAAAGGAAUCUGGGAGUUUAUAAGCAAAAAGAAAGCAGGACAUUUUCAACAUGGAAGGAAAUGCGAAUGUGUCAACCUAUUGCAUUUUGUAUAUUAGUGAACUUUAAGGCUAUCUAAAAUUCGACUGCCUGAGUUUUUGAUCUAUGAAUGUAUAAAUUAAGAUGAAACUAAAAACAAAUAAUUCAAAUGUAUCACUAGUAUUAUGUGUGCUUAGUUUUCAUUUUCCUUACACUGGUUCGUACUCUUGCACUGUGUUAAUUUAGGAUAUUAGAUGAUAAUCAUAUGGAUUGUGGUUGAUACUCUUACAAACAUGAAAAUAUCUC